UAAAAAUUAAAAUUUUCCCACAACCAGAGAAGGCGGGAAAACAUGAGCCCUUAAAUAUUUACUCUCUAUCUCUUCUCUUCCUCCGGCGCCGUUCUCCAAUGGAUAACUCUGAUUCAGACUCCGGUGGAUCUCACAUCUCGUCCACGCCUCCUCGUCAACCAUAUCAGCCUCCUCUCCAUCGGCCACCGCCACCGCAGGCACCACAUACUCUUCUGUUUUCUGGUAACCAACAAAAAAACCCCAAAUCGAAAACCAAAUCCGGUUUCUCCCGGCCAAUUUUGAGAAUUAAACCAUCCACCAAGAAGACUAAGCUCCCGCCUUCUAAAUCUACAAUUCAAACAGAUGGAACUGUCCCGAUUCAAAGCGCCACUCCAUCCGCUAUGCGUACUCCUGAUGUUGACCCACCGCUUCAAACCCCUCGGUCCUUCGGUGGUGAUUCGUUGGAUUCUAUUGCUCCGACUGUGACUCUUUCAGCUGAGCUACCAUCUAACAUUCACCGGUCCUCCGGUUGUCCCUCGUCGGAUACUAUUGGUCCCAUUGAGAUUCCUCCAGCUGAACUACCGUUUAAAAUUCACCGGUCAUCCGGUUGUGAUUCGUUUGCUACUAUUCGUCAGGGUGAGAAUCUUCUAGCUCGUAGCUCACGCUUCGCGUCAAUUUAUAAGAACCGUAAGCUUUGCUUGAACUUAGAAUCAACCGAAAAAGGAAUUGAUCAUGGUUUGGAAGCCAAAAUCGGAGUUAGUGAAAGCCAAGCCGGAGAUGCUACUGUCAUAGACUCGGAAACAAUUGUGAAGGAGCAUCCGAAUUUGAUUGGGAGUUAUACUUCUCGAAUGGAACAUCCGAAUACGCCCGACCCUACGUGUGUAAAUGAAACCCUAGGUCGAGAUGUUAAUGCUAGAGAUUCAGGGAAAGUUGUGAAGAGGCAUCCUAACUUGAUUCCGAGCGGCGUUUACCCCAAGGAGCAGGUGAGCAAGCCUAAACUUGUAAAUGAAGGGAACUUUGUGAGAUUGAACAUCAAUGGUCACGGGGGACGCAAGAAGUAUGCAAACAGAGUUAGAAAAAAGAAUCCGAAUGCUUAUAAUUCAAGUCGCAAGUCUUACAAGAGAAUCAAACGAAAGCGGAAAGGUGGAGGUGAAGGAGAAGAGGAGCAGAGUUUGUGUGAAGAAGAAGGUUUUCCAUUGGAGGAAGAUAAAGAGACUGAAACGAGACUUGAUUCAGAAGUGAUUGAGCAGGCUGUGCUGAAUGUUCGACAUGAUCCAUCUGAUGAGAAUCUAAUCAAGCUGUUGAAGAUUACUCAUGGGUAUGAUUCUUUUAGGGCUGGACAACUGGAGGCUAUUAGAUUUAUACUUUCUGGGAAAUCAAGUAUGGUGAUUUUGCCAACUGGGGCUGGGAAAUCACUGUGUUAUCAGUUGCCUGCUAUGGUUCUACAGGGAAUGACACUUGUCAUUAGUCCAUUGGUGUCACUCAUGUUUGAUCAACUCAAACAGCUGCCACCAGUGAUUCCAGGUGGUUUAUUAUGUAGCAGUCAGACAUUAGAAGAGAGUGCAGAAACAUUUAGGCGGGUCCAAGAAGGAGCCUUGAAGGUCCUUUUUGUUUCUCCAGAGAGAUUACUAAAUGCAGAAUUUACAUCCAUAUUUUCUACAACUUCACUUAUCUCACUAGUUGUGAUUGAUGAAGCCCACUGUAUUUCUGAAUGGUCACAUAAUUUCCGUCCUUCGUAUAUGAGGCUUAGAGCAUCCAUACUUCGUUAUAGUCUUGGAGUAAACUGCAUUCUUGCAAUGACAGCAACUGCAACUACCAAAACCCUGCAUGAUGUGAUGCACUCUCUUGAGAUUCCUCCUACAAAUCUUGUUCAAGCAGAGCAAACCAGGGAUAACUUGCAGCUGUCUGUAUCAUUGAGUGAAAAUAGGAUGAAGGAUCUUAUGAUAUUGCUCAAGGCUUCACCUUACACAGAGGUUAAAAGCAUUAUAAUUUACUGCAAAUAUCAGUGGGAAACAGAUACAAUCAGCAAGGUUUUAUGUGAUGGAAAUAUCCGGGCAAAGAGUUAUCAUAGUGGGAUCCCUGCUAAAGACCGAAGGCGUUCACAAGAGCAGUUCUGUUUAAACAAGAUACGUGUGAUUGUUGCAACUGUGGCCUUUGGUAUGGGGCUUGAUAAAAGCGAUGUUGGUGCUGUAAUUCACUACAGUUUGCCUGAAAGCUUGGAAGAAUACGUUCAGGAAAUUGGACGUGCUGGACGUGAUGGGCGAUUAUCUCAUUGUCAUCUCUUUUUUGAUGACACGACAUACUUUAAGCUAAGGAGUCUCAUGUACAGUGAUGGAGUAGAUGAAUACACAGUAAAUAAGUUCCUAUCUCAAGUUUUCAUCGGGGAUUCACAUUCACAUUCAAAAGGAAGGAUUUGCUCAAUAGUCAAGGAAUCAGCUUCUCGGAAAUUUGACAUGAAAGAAGAGGUGAUUCUGACUAUCUUAACUCGCUUGGAGUUAGCUGAAGAGCAGUACUUGCGUUUACUUCCCCAAGCAAGUGUCACAUGUGUUGUAAAUUUUCAUAUGACGUCCCCAGCAUUGCUUGCUGCUAAGGACACUGUGAUCAAUGCAAUUUUGAAAAAGUCUGAAAUAAAAGAUGGACAAUAUGUGUUUGACAUACCAACUGUCGCAUCUAGCAUUGGAGUUCAAGCUUCUACCAUUUCUAAUCAGUUGCACAUUUUAAAGGCCAAGGGAGAAAUUACAUAUGAGCUCAAGGAUCCAGCUUAUUGUUACACAAUCUUAAAUUUCCCAAAAGAUAUAUGUUCCUUGGCAACAGAUCUGGCUGAAUGGUUAUCAGAAGUCGAGAGUUGCAAGGUGCGUAAAAUAGACGCGAUGUUUAAUGCUGCAGUGUUUGCAGUGAAAACGUGUGAUAGAAGAAAGGGUUGCAGUAAUUCCCAACACACGGCAUGCUUACAAGAAAAGCUCUUGGAUUACUUCAAUGCAGAUAACGACAAUAAUAUCCCAAAUAAAAUGGGCCAAGCCAGCCGCUUUUUAAAAGCAGAUAUCAAGGUGUUUCUACAGAGCAACUCACACACCAAAUUUACCCCUCGUGCGGUUGCUAGGAUAAUGCAUGGUAUAGCAAGUCCAUCAUUUCCUUCUUCAACUUGGUCUAAAACUCAUUUCUGGGGGAGAUAUAUUGAAACAAACUUUAAUGUUAUAAUGGAAGCGGCAAAAGCACAACUGAUUGAUUCUGCAGGAAAAUCUGCCGUUUAAAUAAAUGUUUUGCUUCACGGAAUAUUGUCAUUGGCCCUUUGUCUUUGUUUCUAACUUUAUAGAUCUAGAUCCACACACUUACCUUGUUGUCUUGUUCCUGUAGCUAGAGUUUGAGUACUCGAAGCCCUUUAGAUAGUUGCUCUGUUAUAGAUUAUGACAAAUGUAUAGCAUACAAAUCUUUUGUUACCUUCUUCUUGGACUUUUUCUUUCUCUUUCUCUUUCAUAAAAUAAAGAGAUGUUCCUUGUUGUAAAACUAUUCCACAUAUAAUUAAUUAUGUCUGC